AUGAAAUUAGAAAAAAAUUAUUUAAAUAUUAAUAUUAAUUAUCUCAAAUUAAAUCAAGAAAGUAAUUUAAUAGCAGAUAUUACAAGUUUUACUUUUAUAUUAAUUUUAGAAAUUCAAAAGCAAUUUCAAUGUAAUUCUUUUAUUAAUACUAUAAAAAUAUUUAAAUUAUUAGAUAAGUUAUUAAAUAGUCAAAAUAUAUUAAAAUUUGGUAAUAAAGAAUUAAAAUUAUUACUUAAUUUUUAUGGCAAACCUCAACUUCCUUUAUUUUUACUAGCAAUAGUUAAUUCUAAUAAUACAUAUAAAAAAUAG